AUGUCCGUGGACAGCAUUGGAAUGGAAAGCCUCAUCAAAUUCCUAGAGAACAACUUGACUGACCCUAACCAGGGUGUAGCAAGUAAUGCGGAGCCUAUGUCCCUAAUGGGUAUGGUCUCUACUCUAGUACCGGUUUUUGCCACUUCGACGAUCUAUAUUAUUGUGUUCCUCAUCCUCCGUACUUCGAAUCCGCGUUUCUACGCACCUCGAACAUGUCCAGGCACUUUGCGGGAGUAUGAACGCAGUCCCGCGCUGCCCAACGGAUUCUUCUCUUGGAUAAAAGCUUUCUGGCAAGUACCAGAUGCGUAUGCCCUCCGGCGUCAAAGUCUAGAUUCAUACCUUUUUAUAAGAUUCCUUCGUGUUUGUUGCACCCUCUGUCUUUUUACCCUCUGCGUUACAUGGCCAGUUCUCUUUCCACUUAAUGCCACAGGCGGUAAUGGGAAGAAGCAACUUGAGAUCCUUUCCUACAGCAAUAUUAACAUUGAAGACUCAGCCAAGAGGAACAGAUUGUACGCCCAUUGUUUUGUGGCCUGGGUCGUAUAUACCUUCGUGAUGUACGCCAUUAUCCGCGAGUUACAUUUCUACAUAAACCUGCGGCAAGCCUUUUUGCUGACCCCACGACAUGCUAAGCGCAUCUCGUCCCGUACUGUCUUGUUUACUUCAGUGCCCAAGGAGUGUCUCAACGAGGACCAUAUACGUAGCCUAUUCAACUCUGUCAAGAAUGUUUGGAUCGCUGGAGACACCAAACAGCUAGAUAAGAUCAUCCAAGAGCGAGACGACGUGGUUAAGAAGCUUGAGAGAGGGGAAACUGAGUGGAUCAAACUGCGUCACAAGGAGCGCAAAUAUGAAUUGAAGACUGGUCAUGAGACUGACAAGGUAACUACCAGCACAUCCAAUCCUGAAUCUGGAAAGCGACCAACCCACCGAACAGGCCCUUCAGGGCUUAUCGGCGAAAAAGUCGAUACCAUCCAAUGGUGUCGAGAAAAACUCAAGGACCUCAUCCCCGAAGCCCAGAGCGCUCAGUAUAACUGGCUCACUGGGGAUUAUGAGAAACACACUGCUUUUUUCGUCGAGUUCUCUACUCAACACGAUGCGCAGGUUGCUUGUCAAACCACGACACACCACUGCCCGCUUCAAAUGUCUCCCCGAUUCAUCGGCAUAAAGCCAAACGAAGUCAUCUGGAAGAACCUUAGCUAUCCAUGGUGGCAGGUUGCAAUACGGCGAUAUGUCAUUUACACUGCAAUUACUGUUCUUGUUGUAUUUUGGGCUCUUCCUGUGACUAUUGUUGGUAUCAUUGCCCAAGUAAAUACCAUCAAAUGGCUACCAGGCUUAACAUGGAUACAGAACAUUCCACAGGUUAUCCUUGGUGCUGUUUCUGGCUUGCUACCUUCCAUCGCGCUAUCUAUUCUGAUGUCAUCAGUGCCAGUGUUCAUACGUACCUGUGCCAGGUGGUCUGGCUGUGUUUCAGCGUCACAAGCCGAGCUCUUCACCCAGAACGCCUACUUCAUCUUUCAAGUCCUCCAAGUAUUCCUGGUCCAGACGCUUUCCAACAGUUUCGUUUCAUCUCUUGUGACGCUCCUUCGGAAUCCCAACGACGUCUUUGGCAUGCUUUCAUCUUCGAUCCCUACCGCUUCCAACUUUUACAUUUCGUUUUUCAUUGUUCAAGGUCUCACCAUCGCCACCGGCGUAGUGACUCAGGUUUUUGAAUUCGUCAUGUUCACACUUUCAUCCAGAUUCACCAACAUGACUCCACGAACUAUGUGCGGCAAGGGGACGGCACUCAGUACUAUUUCUUUCGGGAGCCUCAUGCCUAUUUACACCAACAUGGCUGUCAUUAGUAUUAUUUAUUCUGUUAUCGCCCCCUUUCUUCUAUUCUGGUCGACUAUCAGCAUGGGUUUGUUCUAUCUCGCGUACCGUUACAAUGUACUGUAUGUUGCAGAUACCACUGUCGACACCGAUGGUUUGAUCUAUCCUCGGGCUCUGAAACAGCUUUUAUUUGGCGUUUACGUAGCCGAGAUGUGCCUCGUUGGAAUGUUCAUCGUUUCCAAAGCCGCAGGACCUGCUUUUCUGAUGAUAAUAUUUCUUUCUCUUACCAUCUUUUCUCACCUCUCACUCGUCAAGGCUCUCGAUCCUUAUCUUUACAAUCUUCCUGUCUCUCGUCAACUCGAAGAAGAUCGAACUAAUCGACGCCAGCAACAUGUACAGAAUGGCGCCAAUCCCAUUUCCACAGGUGCGAGCAGGAGGAAUACCACCCGGAAACUCGUGCCUAUCGCUACUAGCCGGGACGGCAAUAAAGCUAACUUUGUUUCUGAGUGGCUCAAGUCCCGGAUCCUCGUCGAUUACCUGGCCGUGGAGCAGUUGGUGUAUCACGAGGACCUCAUAGAACCAGAGUACGAGGCGCAGGGUUAUUAUCCGCCUUCCGUCACAAGUCAGGCUCCAUUCCUUUAG